AUGACAAGUCGACGAUUCAGCCAGAUUUCUCAAGAGGAUAACAGUAGCAGUGAAGAAGAAACUCCCGUUAUUAAAACUGUUGGAAAUGCUGAACUAGCUACUAAUUUCACGAGCAAGAAGACUCGGAACGUUGAAGAUACACCGGGUGAAGAGAAGAAUACAUCAGAACCACAAACCUGGGAAAAGAAGACGCUUUUAGAAAGAAGGAAUCAACUGUACACUCAGAUAUCUUUGUUGGAGCAAGACGUUGAACGACUCCAUAAGCAAGCUUCAAAUCCAGAUGCAGAGAAACAAGAGCACCAGAUGCUCAAGGAGCUUGUUGGGUUAUUCUUCGAGACUCCAAAGGCUGAAGAUAGGCAGCCUACUAAGGAUAGCGGCCAUUCUAUUUAUAUUCCUUCUGCUGCACCUAAUAUCAAUCGUCCAGUCUGCGUCUCUUUUUCAGGACUACGGAUUCUCACCUAUCAGUCCACGGAUGCAAGCGAUAUUCAGUGCAUAUAUAAAUUCGAAGGAUUUUCUGAAUUUUUUCCAUCUCUUAACUUUCAAAUGAACAUAAAAGUUCGUACGGCUGAUUAUGCUGUCCUUGAAAUGUUUAUCAUGGUAGCAUCCUUUGCAAGAAACGAGCUCCAGGACGUAAUAGAAAAAACAGUAAAUGCGAGAGAUGUAGUGGCAGCAUUAAGAGCAGUUUCGAUGUUUGGUUACUAUAGUGCAAUCCGUUCCAACGAUUGGGUGCAUUUCAUAAACAAAUUUGAUGGUAUAGCGAGAGUCGAUUUAACAUCUACUUCUGAGUUACAUAUUCAAAAUAGACUAUACAAAAUUUCGUUACAGUAUAAUAUCUGCUUUGACGAGUUUGGAUUUGCCAAGACGGCAUAUAAUAUUUUAUUUAGACCAAAACAGGUACCCCAAAAGAGCGAAGAGUCUAUAUCAUUACUUACAAAAAAUAUUAAACAUCGGUUCCAUGAAUUGAUCAGCCUUUUUGGAUUUCGGAAAGGGUCCGAAACCUUACUGGAGGUAUUGUUUAAGCCAGCCAACAAAUAA